AUGAGAGACUCCGAUUUUGGUUCAUUCCGUAAGAUAUCUUUCCAGGUUGAAGAAGCAGAUGGCGAUGGGUUGCAGUUCCCGAUCGGACGAGCGAGCUCAAAGGAUCCGGAGCGAUCUGAGCGGGAAAACAACUUUUUGUUUCAGGAAAAGAGUCUCAGUAGGAAGCAUGCUAUGUUAUGCAUAAAAAGGCUUUAUCCAGCGGAUCAAGACCCAUAUGUCCCAUUGCUAGAUCAAUUUCGCAUUUCCGUACAAGAUCUGGGUUCUACUCAUGGUUUGGUGGAUUUACAGUCGCAGGACGCUGACACGAAAGUGAUCGAUCUAAAAAAUGGGGAGAGAUUUGGUCUUAUCAAGUUAUAUCAGCCAUUGGCAUCGGGGCAAUCGCGUGGUGCUAAGUUGAAGUUCCAGGUAAGCCUAAAAACCAACGAACUUCGUCCGGAUGGCAAAAGUUUGGACUUAUGGUUGACUAAUGUGACAUUCGAGGACAGUCCAUUUGCCAGUAGACCAAACACCAUGGCACGUACCGAAAACGUUUCGAGUUCUUGUUCCUCAUCUGAGUUGAACUUUAGUGAGGAUCUUGAUUUGCAUUUGGACACCUACGAACCGCAAAGCAUCACGCUCAAGAACGACAAUUUGGAAAAGCAAGAGACUUCCUUGGAAACAGACGCUGACAAAGAGGAAGAAGAAGAAGAAGAAGAAGAAGAAGAAGAAGACACCUUCGAACGUUCACUGGAUGUGCGUGUAUUGCUAGAUGAUGAUAACGACAACGAUGAUGAUGACAACAGCCGUAAUGAUGACGAUGCCAGCAGUGGUGACUCUGGCCAAGAAGAGGGUGAUGACAGCGUCGUUGAACUUGUUGCCGAAAAUGAGGUAUUCUCUCAGAAAGCAUGCAAUCUGUCAAAUUCCUCGGACGUUGUCAUCACAAUCAGAGAUCAAUCUCCUGGGAAAUCGUUACCUACAUCAGAAAUCGGUGUUUCUCGUGACGGAACACCACAGUGCUACGAUUGUGCUACGGCCGUUGAAGUACAGGAAGAUGACAAUUGCGAGCUUUUGGCUCUAGAUGAUGGUGGUUUUGAGAACCAAGUCCGUAAGAGAAGCUUUGAUAGUCAAGCAGAUGAGGAUGAGGAUGAAACUGCUAAUACUGAUAACGCCAAGCGUUCCAAGACGACAAUAACUUCGGAUACGUCUCCAAAAGUCAAAAAGGCUGAUACAAGACAAGUUUUUAUUGGGGGAAUGAUCGGUUUUCUGGCAGGAUCUGUUGGCACAUUGGGUUUGUUGGUUGGGAUCGCCAACAUGGGUUAA